AUGUGGAUCUUGGCAGCUUCAUGCUCCAGGCAAUUCCAGAGCGUUUGUGACAUGCUAUACAAUGAGACUCGACAGAUGCUGGAAGUUCUUGAUACUAGAGAUAGCGAUGUUGAUGGCCUUGAGAUCGAACAAGUCCAAGCUUGGAUCCUACUUGUACUCUACGAGGUUACCAGGAGUCAUUCACGUCGUGGUUGGAUUAGCGCGGGUCGUGCCUUUCGAUUAGUACAACUGAUGCGACUGUUUGAAAUUGAUGGAACUGGUGGGAUACUAUCACCGUCAACUACAGAUGACUGGGUCACGCUGGAGGAAAAGAGACGAACCUUUUGGAUGGCAUAUUUACUGGAUCGAUUUAUUAGCGUGCAGAAUGGACUUCCGCUGACAUUGAAUGAACAAGUGAUUCUCACUCGCUUGCCUGCCGGUGAUACCGAGUUUCAAAGUGUGCAGCAUGUACAAAUGGGAUUUCUUUCCGAGGAGAUCACAGCGACAACUCCAACAGUCAUGUCGCCUUUUGCUGAAUGCAUUGUACUUGCCACAAUUUGCGGGAGAGCAUUGCUGCACAAACAUUGCGCCUCCGUUGAGCGUGUCUAUGGCCAUACAUCCCAGGAUUUCUGGGACCGGCAUCACUGGAUUGAUAACAUUCUAACUCAGAGGAUCACAAUGUUGACGAUGAAAUAUCCUCCGGCAUCUCAGCAUAUCGAUCCCAUGCUUAUUUUCACUGAGAUGGUCGCCAACACUGCGAUUCUGUUCCUCUAUAAAAUCAUCGAAUUAAUGCCUUGUCAGACUCCGACUACCUCGGCUAACGUGAUUGAGUACAAACAACGAGCUGUAAAGGCGGCUGGGGAGAUUGUCAGUAUCACAAGAGCUCUAUCUCUCUUCACUCAAGCUAAGAUACACCCAUUUACACCAAUUUGUCUUUAUAUUUGCGCAGAGUUUUUCACGCUACACCGAGACGAUGCUGCCAACUCUUUUCUCGACUUACAGCUCCAUGAAAUCAUGGAAGCCCUGCGAAAUCUACAAUCCGUCAAUAAUCUCGCUCGGAACUUUGUAUUAAUUCUGGACUCCGAUUCCAGUCCAAGUUCGACCAACAGUAACCCCAUCACGUUAGGAUGUGACAUCGUAGAUGGUACCCAAUUAUCCUUCGAUCCCUCGGCGUUUGAAGUUGCCUCUCAACCUGGUCUCGUGUCUUUGGACCUUCAAAACACAAUAGAUGAUAGACAGAUAGAUUUUCAUUGGCGGAUGGGAAAUAACGGGUUCAGUAAUGUCUAA